AUGUCAGACACACUGAACGCUGCGGACACCCCGCAAACAUCCGCCGACCAGCCUGUUGCAGAUGCGCCCGUGCCUGCCCCUGCGCCUGCUCCCGCACCUGUGCUCGCAUCUGUGGAUGUUCCCGACGAUGGAACAAAGAUAGCCAUUGGAGAACCCGCGGCGGCCAAAGAGCUCGCUCCCACCCCCUCAACGGAUCUAACGUCAACCUUGGAGACGGCUGCCGCUACUGGUGACGUGCUGAUGCCCGAUGCGCCCACUGGCGACAACGCGCCGUCGCCCGCUCCUGCUCCCCAGCCCUUCACCCCUACUGUUGCCAGCCCUAUGCCUCGUACGACUACGCCCAGUCGUGCCGUCAAUGGCAACCACGAUAAGGAACCUGGCAGCUCCCGCGCCGGCUCGGUCCAUCCUGACCCAGGUUUCACAAUGCCUGACAAGGCUGCUUCCCACGGCGAUCCCGUCCGCCAGUAUCUCAACAACAAUGUCACGACUGUGCUGCUUGACGGCAUGAAACAGAUUGCGAAAGACAAACCCAAGGACCCCCUUCGAGUUCUGGGCAAUUACCUCAUCCAGCGAUCCAAGGAACUCGAGCAGACAGACAAUUAAGUCCUGCGACACAUAAGGCUGUAUAAACGAGGCGGGCGCAAAGAUAUGAGAAGAAGGAGGGCAGCAAUCAACUGUAGCAUGGACCAGACGGGCGGCGAGGUCGGCAAAUGGCCAUCGGACAGGCGUUCAAAGGGGGGGUCAAAAGGGGCGCCGAGCAUACAUGUCACGCGCGAGAGAUACCCAUAGGCAUAUGUUAACUUGAGGGCGGCAUUAUUGAAUUGAGGUGCCGAGAAUCGUUUUGCUUUCAUUUCAACGAAGUCUCUGACUAUCAUGAUCGUCGUGACGACCAGAAGGAGCAAGCUGCGCUGCCGAAAAUGCAGUUUCCUAACCCCAACUCCAUGACCACCGUAAUUUUUCCUCCGCUGGAACGUUCGUCUGGGCCCGCUGUCCGGGCC